AUGGCAACUAUCUCGCGCAUUCUCUGUUUGUUUGUGGUUCUUUUUGCGGCUGCCAGCACCGUGCUGGGUCUCUCGCACAAGGAUGCAAAGGUUACUAAUUAUGUCUUUUUCGACAUUGAGCAAGGCGAGACGACCCUCGGGCGCGUCACACUUGGUCUCUACGGGGAGACUGUGCCCAAAACCGUGGAAAACUUUGUCAGCCUUGCGCAGCGCGGCGAAGGCCGUGGAUACGCGGGAAGCAAGUUCCACCGUGUUAUCAAGGACUUUAUGAUUCAGGGCGGCGACUACACGCGUGGUGAUGGCCGCGGUGGCCUUUCGGUCUGGGGCGGUAGCUUCCCGGACGAAAACUUUGAGCUCCAGCACGAAGGCCCGGGUGUCGUUUCCAUGGCAAACUCUGGCUCCGACACAAACGGCUCGCAGUUCUUCAUCACCACGAUCGCAACCCCUUGGCUCGACGGCCGCCAUGUUGUGUUUGGCCGCGUCGUCGACGGCAUGGACGUGAUCAGGAAGGUCGAGGCCACUCGGACGCGCCCUGGCGAUGCUCCCCUUGAAGACAUUGUCAUUGCGGAUGCCGGUGUGCUUACCGAUAUGGCGGAUACCAUCAAGGACGAACUUUAA